AUGGGUAUCCAUGAAGAUGCUCGCAGAGGGACUUUGACCGAGGCAAGGCUCGAAAAGUACCUCGAGGCAGAUUGGACUAUUCUCGACCAGCGAGACUCGGUCGAAGGUGUGACACCACUUGGGGCUGCCACGGUAGGAGGACAGGCCGACGAGGUCCUGUUGCUUCUCAAAAGCGGGGCAAAAGCAGACAUUCUCUCCAGAGAUGGUGCAACACCUCUCCUCCUUGCCGCAUCAAGAACGGAGAAGAACCGUGCUCGCAUCAUCCAAUUACUCCUGGCGAAGACGCCUUCCAAUGCCAUUGACGCAACAACCGCAGCAGUCGGAAACAAUACACCAUUGAUGUUCGUUGUGCUGAAGAAGGAUGCCGAAUCCAUCAGGCUACUCCGAAAGGCCAGAGCAUCAGUGACACUGACAAACGAUGAUGGUCACACCGCGAAAUUCUUGGCCGACAAUACUUACGACAGGGUUGUUAUCCGCGCCCUCAACCCAGAGAAGGAGCAGAGUGACUUCUCCAAGUUAAUCGACAUGGUUGUCGGACUACUCCUGUUUGUUGUUGCAUGGGUCAACAAGGUCGCUGAUGAUGUCAUCCGUCGGGCGUAUGGUAUACAUAUCGACCUCAACGAGGCCUGGGACCAGGCUGUGAACCGUGGCGAGGAUCCAACCACGGUCGAAUUCGUGGAAAAGGUCGACGAGGUUGUCAAGGACUCCCCCAUAGAGCGUUUCUUCGAAGGCAAGGAAGACUUUGUCCGUGAAGUGGCAAAGAACGCUGUCGAGUUGCAAAAUGACACGACGACAUCUCUCGGCAGCCCAGAGCUUUUGCCCAAGACUAUCAAGGUGUCAUUGCAUCAACAAGUCAUCUAUUGCGAUGACAGCGGCUCUAUGAGACGCGAAGAUCGCUGGGAUUCUCAAACAAACCUCGUUGAGCGCAUUGCCAAGGUCACCACUCGGGUCCUCCCUGAGGGUGAAGGCGUUGCUCUUCGAUUCAUCAAUCAGGACGUGCCCAACUCGUCGAAUCUGAGCCUCGAAGAUGUUGCCAAUAUCCUGGGACCCAUGAAGUGGUCGAAUAGUGGGAAUACCGAUAUCGGCACCAACCUGAGAUCCAAGAUCCUGCAGCCGCUUGUCUACGACAAGCUCGAGUCGGUGCCGAGGAGGCUCGAGAGACCACUGCUCAUCUCUAUUCUCACCGAUGGUGGGCCUGAACCGGAGCCAGAACCUACGUUGAAAAAUGCCAUUGUAGAGUGCAGCCAGCGGCUGGAUGCUGCCAAUUAUCCCCGCGAAAGCGUGAAGUUUAUGAUCGGUCAAAUUGGGACUUCGAAAUUCGCGACAAGGUUCCUGCAGACUAUCAGAGAGAGUGCAGAGAUUGCGGAUAUGGUGUACUGUACUUCAGAUCAACUCGAUGAAAGAUUCAAAAGGGAGUAUGACAACCAAGCCAAUCUAGAUCGAUGGCUAAUCGAGACCUUGUUCGAGCCACUCAAAGACCGGAAGACGAAGUUGGAGGGGUGGUCUUGA